AUGCCGCCUUUCGCCGGACCGAAGUCCCCAACGACCGGCGCCGUCCGCCGCGACUGGAAUUCGAACAUAGUCACGAUCGACGUUGGGGGGCAGCUUUUCCAGACGACCAAACAGACGUUAUCCCUAGCGGGUCCAGAUUCGAUUUUUUCGAAGAUUUCAAAUUCUGGCGACUCGAUCCCGUUCGUCGACCGGGACCCGGAGCUUUUCUCGAUUUUACUGUCCCUCCUCCGGACCGGAAACCUCCCGUCGAAAUCCAAGUCUUUCGAUAUGCAGGACCUGAUAUUCGAGUCCCGAUUCUACGGCAUCGAGAGUCUCUUGGUAAACUCCCAAUCUAGCCCUGCCCAAUUCGAUCCCUUCAACCUCGAGAAAUCCCAUGUCCUCCCCAUGACCGGCCGGGAUUCCCCCUCGGCCAUCUCCACCACACCUCACGGCUCCCUGCACGUGGCCCACGGCGGCAAAAUCACAUCCUUCGACUGGUCCUUGAGGCGAAAAUCGACGGUUUUGACCCAAUUCACAGCCGUUGACUCACUUCUGGCCUUAUCCCCUGAGCUGGCAGCAGCUGGGGCCACCGAUUUUUCGGGCCUGCAGAUUCUUGAUCUGGGCAAGGGUUUUGUGAAGGAGACUUUGAAUUGGGAAAAUGUUACAAAAUCAAGCUCCACGGUGCAAGCCAUUGGCUCAUCGAACGAGCAUUUGUUCACUAGCUUCGAGUCGGGACGAAGGAAUUCGAACUGCAUCAUGGUUUACGAUAUUAAUACUUUGCGGCCAGUGACUGAAAUCGGCCACUAUGAGAUAUUUGGAGCUGAUCUUCACUCAGCUAUCCCAGCCACCAAACUCCAAUGGGUCUCGAGCCAUAAUUUGUUAAUGGCCUCGGGCUCUCACAGCGGGCCUUCGGGUGUGUUUGGUAAUAUCAAGUUCUGGGACAUUAGGUCCGGUAAUGUGGUUUAUGAAAUUAAGGAGAAAAAUGAUUGCUUUUCUGAUGUGACAGUUUCGAACACACUUUGCGCGAUGUUUAAGGUUGGUAUAAAUACAGGUGAGGUGUUUUUUGCGGAUUUUCGGGUUAUGGAGAGUGAUCAUGAUCAUUCUUGGGUUUGUCUUGGUGAAGACGGCCGAAGAGUGGCGAAUGGUAAGAAGGAAGGGCUCGGGUGUAAGAUCGAGAGUCAUGGGAAUCAGAUUUUCUGCAGUAAAGGUGGAAAUCUCGAGCUGUGGUCGGAGGUUUUAAUUGGUUCUGUUGAGAAUUCGGAAAAUGGGCAUUUGCCCAGGAGAGUGUUUAAGAAGAACUUGAUGGGAAGAGUUAAGGAUAUGGGUGGUGAUAGGAUUACAAAUUUGAGUUUUGGCGGGAGUAAAAUGUUUGUGACGAGGAGAGAUCGACAAUGUGUUGAAGUUUGGAGUUCGGUUAAGGAUUAG